AUGACUCAGCUGCUGCCGGAUCUAGAGCAGACCCAGGAUGGGAACGCGGUGGCCAGGAAAGUCCUGCUCUCGGCUGCCUUGCAGCAAUCUUUCGUCUCAGCUGCCAUUGUCUCCCUUGCCCUACUUUCGCUGAGAAUUGUGCAGAACUCACUGCAGCUGUGUGAAGAGCUGCAUGCAGCCACGCACAGGCUCAUGCAGCACCUCGCACAGCAGCGGAGCUGAAAGAUGACUCAGAUCCUGCUGGAUCAUGAGAUGGCCCAGGAUCAGAACAUGGUGACCAGGAAUCUCCUGCUCCUGGCCACCCUGAAGCAAUGGUUCUUCUGGGCCUUUGCUCUUGGGGUAGGAGCCCUACUCCUGCUCCUGUGCCUCUGCUGGAGGACCAGAAAAAGAAGGUGUAAUCUGGGGAGCAUCUGCUAUGAGGAGGAAGAGGUGGAGGAGGACAAAGAGGAGGAGGAGGAGGAGGAGGAAGAAGAGUUGGAAGAAGACAGUGAUGACAACUCUGGUGACAUCUCAUCUCUGGCCAGAUGCGUGUUCCAUCACAUCCAGUGGCCAGUGCGGUACAUGGAUGACAAGUGCAAGGUUGUGGAGGAGCUGGUAGAUGAGCUUCUUAGUGCCUGCCACAGACUUUCCAGGAAUAACUUCAACCUAUUGCUGCAGCCAGCCAUUGGGGUGGGCUGUGUCUAUGAAGGGUGGAGUGCCCAGGAGGACAAUGUCGUCUACCGCCUGCUCGUGCCCCUACAGCCUCCCCCCGGGCAUGCCUUCUGCUUGGAGCAAGGCACCACGAAGGAGAUGCUGACCAGCAACUCCUGCCUCCGUGUGCAGCUACAGUGCAUGUGCAUGAGAGAGUGGUUGGUGGAGGACGUACUAUGCUUCCUCCACCACAGCAAGGAUGAACUGAAACAUCAGGGCCCCAGCCUCCUCAACACCCUUUGCACCAACUCGUACUUAGACAUCGAGAAAACCGCCUCCUGGUUCCAGUUGUUGGUGAAAGAUGCAUGGCAGCUCAUGCCUCUGUCACACCGCUGUCAACUGACAGUGCUGCCUACUACACACUCCUGCAAGCUCAAGCUGAAGAAUGGGCAGGUAUCCCUGAACACUGAGCUGAUUUUUGGGGUGUCUCUAGGUGACUCAGACUGCUUCCUGAUCCUUGAGUAG